CUGUCCCGCUAUGUAAAAGAAGUCCAGUACAAGGAUCCAAAUGGCGAGGUCAUGAUUUUUAAUGAUAAAGGAGAACUGCCCAGACCAAUGGACAUUGUACAUUUGGUUACAAGUAUUGAAGGUAGAAAUAUCACUGAGUGGAUGCUUGUGGGUCACUUUGAUGGGUCCCUUUCAGAGGGUCAUCAACUUACACUAGAACCAGAGCAAAUAUCAUGGAAAGGAGACAAGUUUUGUUGCUGUAACCUUUCUAAUGAAAGGAUUCUGCUAGUACUCCUAGAUGUCUAUUUCUGUCUUCUGGAUCAGAACAUAUUCUGUGGUAUCCAGACUAAUGAAGGGCCACCUUCUGGAAUGGUCCAUGUGUUUCCACCAAUGUAUACUGUUCCAAGAGGUCAAUGCUCCGAGGAAUGUCUUCCGGGGUUCAGAAAAUCUGUAAGAGAAGGAUAUCACCCAUGUUGUUAUAAUUGUGCUCCGUGUUCAGAAGGAGAAAUAUCAAACCAACCUGACAGUGAACUCUGCAAGAAGUGUCCUGAAAAUGAAUGGCCUAACAAAGCUAAAACUAUUUGUAGUGACAAGGUCAUAGAGUAUUUAUCAUACGAGGAGGACAUUCUAGUUUUAUUUUUUUCUAUAACUUCAGUCAUAUUUGCUACAACAUCUCUCCUUAUACUUGGACUAUUUGUUUGGUUUCGGAGCACUCCCAUAGUCAGAGCCAAUAACCGGAACCUCAGCUUCAUUCUGCUCCUCUCCCUCAUACUGAGCUUCCUUUCUGUAUUCCUGUUCCUUGGCCGUCCUGUGGAUAUUACCUGUAUGCUGCAACAAGUCACUUUUGGAGUUCCCUUCACCAUCUCAGCAUCUUCUAUCCUCGCCAAAACCAUCAUGGUCUUCAUUGCUUUUAAAGCCACCAGACCUGGAAGCUCUUGUAGAAAAUGGGUGGGAGUCAAACUUCCCAAUACAGUCAUGUUAUUCUGCUCAUCCAUUCAGGUUAUGAAUUGCAUUCUCUGGUUGUCCAUCUCUCCGCCAUUUCAGGAGUAUGACAUGGACUCCUAUCCUGGGAAGAUCAUCAUUCAGUGUAAUGAAGGGUCAGUUAUCGGCUUCUACUCUAUGUUGGGUUAUAUGGGCUUUCUGGCAGCUGUGAGUUUUCUUCUGGCUUUCAUGGUGAGGACAUUACCGGACAGUUUUAAUGAGGCCAAGUACAUCACCUUCAGCAUGCUGGUGUUCUGCAGUGUCUGGAUUGCCAUGAUCCCGGCCUAUCUGAGCACCAGAGGGAAAUACAUGGUGGCUGUGGAGAUAUUCGCCAUACUGACCUCCAGUGCUGGAAUAUUAUUGUGUAUGUUUUCUCCAAAACUCUACAUUUUACUUUUCAAACCUGAACUGAACACAAGAGGGACAAUGCUGGGGAAGAGAAUGAUGGAAAUGUAACACAUUGAUUCAAUGUAUAAUGCUGUAGAUCAGAUUAAACAAAUUCAGUCAUA